AUGGAAGAACAAACGAUCCAGGAACAAAAGAACUUAAUGAUGAUUAAUAAAUUUUCUGAAAGAGGAAUUAUGACAGAAUUAUCAUCUGGAAAAGCUCCUUUUUAUGAAAAAAGACAUAAUAUUAUCUUAGCGUUAGAAGUAUAUAAUGGACUCGGACCAGAAUUUGGAAAAGGAACUCCUGAAAAUUAUAAAAAAAUUAGUUUAUAG